AUGAGUAUUGCUUAUCGCCGUGGUCAGCCAUUUGAAAUUACAGUUAAUUUAAACGCCAAUCACUUGGGAUACUUUGAAUUUUCUCUGUGUCCUCUUAACUCGACCAAAGACAUCGAGACCGAGGAGUGCUUUGAUGCACAUCCCAUUUACCUCACUGAUGGUAAUAGACGUUACGAAGUAAAGGAAAAUGUUCGAGAUAACAUUAAGAUUCGAGCUGUCCUGCCUAAAAACUUCAAAUGUCCGCACUGCGUCUUGAGGUGGCACUACUACUGUGGAAAUAAUUGGGGCUUCUGUGACGACGGUUCUAAUCAACUCAGCUGCGGUAACCAGGAGGUAUUCCGUGGCUGUGCUGACAUAACUAUACGCUAAAUUAUUUGAGAUAUUUCAAAGCACUAUUUUUAAUUUUUGUUAAAAAUGAUUUGGUUGUUCUAAAGCAUAGUGUUCACUCCUUUAUUUCUGUAUACUUUUUUUUUAUUUAGUUUUAUAACUAUAG